GUCAUUGUUUCUUAUCAGAAUUAUUCCUAUUUUUAAUUUUUUUAAUUAGCUUGGGCUGUACAUAGAAGUGCAAUGAAUUGGGCACCGUAUCUCUUAUUCAUUUUAAUGUCCCGACCAAUGGAGUUCUGUAUGAGAAUGGUCCCUCCGGAUGACGUUGGUUUUACUACAGAAGAUCCAACAGGUUUGACAGAAGCAACUACAGACCCGAUGACGACAGUCACAGUGACAGAAGAGCCUACCACAACAGCAACACCUGAUGAUUGUACUGUAUGCGGAAUUAACGAUAUAUUAUUACCAGCGGAUGAUGGCAUGAAAAAGAGACCUAACGAAUGGCUGCAAACUGAUUCAACUUCCGAUGGAUGUGUUCAAUGGAAUGUUUAUUGUAACACUUCUCCGGAUUGCACGUCUACUAUUCUAUACGCUGAUUCCCCCUCUGGAACAACCGAAAUAGGAGAUGAUCUUGCAACUAGCUCUGAAGCAACAUUAACAUGUCAAAAAGAUGGAACUUGGUCAUCAGGAACAGUAACUGAAAUUGAGAACUUGUAUUGCGUCUUUGGCGGCGACUGUGUUUAAAUUGUUUUGAUUCUCUUUGAAUCAAAGAGGGCGGAGUUGAAGGAAAAAAGAGAAUCAAAAACCAAUUAAUCUAUGUACUAUUUUCUAGAAUAUUCCAAGUUAAUUAUUACAUAAAAUUUAACAAUAUUUU